GCCAGUACUAUACUGCUUCGGGACAAACUACCCUCUGUUGUAACGUCAGUAGUGGACUGUCGCUAUUUUUGCUGCCUUCAUGAUCGGCGGGGGCUCAGUCCAUGCCUUUUGUUAUUCCUAGAAUUCCGAGAUUGAGCGUAGCGGGAAACCAACUGGGAUACAGUCCCAAUGGAAUGGACACGACCACUUAAUUUGCAAUUUUUAGGAUCCUUGAACAUGUUCAGAAUACGCAUCAUGUUUUUCUAGUUUUGUCAGCCGCGAAAUUCCCUCUUACAAAUCUGGUGUUCGGCUGAUGCGGGGCACGGAGAAUACGAGGACUCAUGAAAGAACGCUCCGUCUUCAACCAUAAAGAGUCCCAAGAACAUAGGACACACAUUUGAUUGAGGCUCACACUCAACAGUUUUGUUUUAUUCGAGACUCAUAAACAAUCAUGGCAUCCCAAUUUGACCCCCAGAUUGUGCUGUACGACUUAGCUUGCUCCAAGAAAGUUUGCUUCUCUCCGGUAGUGUGGCGCAUCCGCCUUCUGCUGAACUAUAAACAAAUUCCCUACAAGACCAUAUUCCUCGAAUUUCCCGAUAUUGAACCUACACUGAAAGCACUUGGCAUCGAAUCCCAGUCCACGUACACAGUUCCUGCCAUUCACCAUGUGCCGAGUAAUACCUACAUGGUGGACUCGACACCCAUCGCGCAUUUCAUCGAGGCUACCUACCCAGAACCUCCAGUGCAGUUGAUGUCCGAGCUCGGCCGCGAGGUUGAAGCCAAAGCACGCGCUGUUGUUGGCACGACGUUCCGCAACUCAGUAAUGCCACGCGAGAUAAACAUCCUAUCGCCUCGCUCUCAAGAGUAUUUUCGACGCACCCGGGAGGCCAUACUAGGACACCCUCUUGAAGAUCUUCUCAGUCGAGAAGAGGACAGUUGGAAUUCGCUCGCGGACGAUAUUCGUGCCCUGGGGGAACUGAUGCAGACAAACAAGGCCGAUGGGCCUUUCAUACUCGGUGCCGCCCAAGCUAUACUGACUUUUUCAUUGCGGGCUCUCUUCAAUGUGCGAGGAUGGUCGACGAAGGGGUCUUCCAGAGGAAUGUUGUAUAUCCUGGUUACCGGGAGAUCUAUGAGGGUUGUUUGCCGUAUAUGAACAAGAAAGAUUAAGUCAUUGAGAAAGACCAUUGCCCAUCAAUCGAUACAUAAUAUGAUUCUUUUCAUCUUUUCAAGCAG